AUGACAACAGGACCUCUGAUGCUGGCGACGGAGGCGCACAACCUCACCUCGCUGAGUCAGGAGAACCGAACAGAGGUGCAUGUAACCGGACGUCUGGACACCGCCGGAUGCUUUUUUAUAUCUGUUCUGCCAUACAGGCAAGCUGUUCCAGCUCUGAUGUGCAUUUUUAUCUUGCUGACCAUCUUCUCGUUCCUGAUUAACACGCUCACCCUGUUCGGUCUUGGUCAGUCCGAGGACCUCACCUGGCAGCCGCGUUUCACGCUCCUUAAGAAUCUGAUUUGGAGCGACCUCGUGCAGACUGCCACCUUUGGCCCGGCUGUCAUCCACUCACUGUCCCAGCGCCGGACAAUGUCGUUCAGCACCUGGUGCUAUGCUCAGUACUUUUUCGGAUCGACCAGCAUUUUCUCCAGCCUCGUCACCAUCACCUGCAUGGCGCUGGAGCGCUACUUGUACGUGUGCCACGCCAUCCACUACUUGGUCAUUCUCACUCACAUGCGCAUCCGGCGCGUGUUGACUCUCAUUUGGGUCUACUCCAUCGUCGUCGGCGUCACGAACAUGGCGCUGCUGCACACGGGGCGAGAGGAGCAGGUCACGGGCAUCACCAUGGGACUUUUGUGCGAGCCGGACAUGAUGGAGCAGCACAUGGGGUUCCCCAGAGCCGCUGCCAUCUUUCGCAAAGUCGUGGGCACGUUCACUCUGCUGCUGUGCCUGCUGGUCUACGCGUUCUCCUACAUCAGGAUGUACCAGGACGCGCGCAACGCAGUGAUACCCUUCAAUGCAGUCAACGGCACAGCGCGCAAGACUGUGCUGUUUUACUGCGGCAUGCUGUUCCUGCAGCUGCUGCCUCUGUUGCUUAAAGUCAUCUCGGACGCCACGUGGGAAAUCGGGGGUCCCAUGGUCGUGGUGGAGCUGUCCCCCCAAUCUCAGGAAGUCUGCAAAGUGAAUAAGGCCCCCUCGGCGACGGCCGCGGUGUUUCACAUGGCCCUGCUGAUCUUGCUCAUAGUGCCGCCGUGUAUCAACCCUCUGGUGUACGGGCUGAGGAACGCGGAGAUGAGGCAGACGUUGCUCAGCCUGUUCCGGCGGUGGAAAGAGUGGAGGGGCGCGGGCGUACGCGCAGUGGAGCCACCGAGAGUUGGAAACAUUGCGCAUCAAAACCGGGCACAGGCAGGAUAG